AUGGCCGCUACCAGCCCAAUGUCAACAACGGCACAAAACAUGUCGUACGGAGCCAAUAACUUUUACCAGAGCGGCAACGUCACUGUUCAGCCCAUUAUUUUCCCAAAUCAAUUCGGGAUGAAAGUUUCAGGCAAUCUAUUUGUCCCCAACGGUCUCGAUCGCAACGUCUCUUCAUCAGCUAUUGUCGUCGGCCAUCCUAUGGGUGCAGUAAAAGAGCAGAGUGCGAACCUCUACGCCACCAAGUUGGCUGAGCAAGGUUUCGCGACGGUCUCUAUUGAUGUCUCAUUCUGGGGCGGAAGUGCCGGCGAGCCGCGAAACGCCGUGUUGCCGGACCUCUACGCUGAAACCUUCAGUGCUGCUGUGGACUAUCUCACCGCGCAGGAUUUCGUUGAUCGUGAGCGGAUCGGGGCCGUCGGAAUCUGUGGCAGCGGCUCCUUCGUGAUCAGCGCAGCAAAGAUCGACCCACGGAUCAAAGCUAUCGCAACUGCAAGCAUGUAUGACAUGGGCGCCGUGAAUCGCAACGGGCUGCAGAAGUCGCAGAGUAUCGAGCAACGCAAGGAGGUCAUUGCCGCCUCAAUCCAGCAGCGCCAGGUCGAAGCAGAUGGCGGUGAAACAGCAUACACUGGAGGAACGCCAAAUGUACUCACAAAUGAAUCCACGCCAGUUGAUAUUGAGUUCUUCGACUUCUAUCGUACGCCGCGCGGCGAAUUUACGCCUGAGGGCUCUUCGCCUAACCUCACGACGCACCCCACGCUCUCGACGAAUACGAAAUUCAUGAACUUCUAUCCAUUCAAUGACAUCGACACCAUUUCGCCACGGCCUUUGCUAUUCAUCUCGGGCGAUCAAGCGCACUCGCGCGAGUUCAGCGAGGACGCUUACGCUCUCGCAGCUGAACCGAAAGAAUUGGUCUGGAUACCCGGGGCUGGUCAUGUUGACUUGUACGAUCGCGUGGAGUUGAUCCCUUUCGCAAACUCAGUUUUUCUUGGAUAA